UUUUGUCAGGAAUAGCCGUAAGUGACAGCUGAAUCUUUUCUGAGCUUUCCAUUUGCCGGUUGAGUGACAGUUUGAAUUUGGGCUAACGUUUUUAAUGAGAAAUGGCUACAGAAGAUAUUGGCAACAUACAAGCAUGGGUGGAAAAGACGAACUUACAGCUCAGCGCAAUGUCCUCGAAGUUUUCACAAAUGAAAGCAGUGUCGGGAACUCCUUCCAGUGAUUGCACUGAUCUGCAAAAUGUUCUACGCGAAGUAGGGGACGUCGAGACUGAAUGCCAUCACCUGAGGACUUCGCAUCCGAAUGUUAUUAGUGAUUGCAAGAAUAUGGCGGGGACAAUUCGGUUUCAUCUGGAUGCACUUGAAAAAACGUUCGCGAUAUUAAGGAAUGGACAAUAAUGUAUCGUAAGAAGAUAUGGUAAUAUUAACUGCCUAAGUGUGAUGGAAUAAAGCCGUAAACGAAACUAGAUUAACCCAAUGUCCAAAGUAUCGAUUCAGUGCCUUAAGAAUGACAGAAAGCCAGGAGACUUUAAUAUGCUAGCAUGAGGACUCAAAGUGGUCUCACGUUGUUCCGCAAAAGUUUGCGAGAAACAUUCUAUCAAUACGUAGAUAAUACUAAAGUGAAUGGGCUGUGGAUGUUACGUCGCAAACCAAAUUCCACGAACCAUGAUGAGUUGAAAAGGUUCUGUUGGUCGGUGAUUUUGUUCUCUUUACUAAUUCUUGGAGUAUUUCUAUCGAUCAUGCUCUGGAAUAAAUUCUACUCUCUACCAACAAUCGUCAGUAUAGAGAAUCAUGUUCCCGUCACUAAUGUGGCUUUUCCUGGUGUGACAUUGUGCAGUCCUUUGGCUAUUCUUGAAUAUAAGUUGGACGCCUUUAUGGAACGAAUAAUCAAUAAAUUAAACUAUUCCUCAAAUGAUAUAAAAAUAGCGCUAAGAAGUCUUGAAGGUUUCACUAGUCGCCAUACAAUCAACGAAACUCGCUACAAUAUGGUUGACGAAAUUCUGGAGGAAAAUAAUUUAACUGUUUUUGAAACGAUGUCACUACUUGGCGGAAGUUGUGAAGACUUUCUUCAAUAUUGCUAUUGGGGUUCGAAACAGUUCCCAUGUUAUCAGAAGAACGAUGAUCUAACUUUCACUACAUCGAUUUCGCACGUGGGAUAUUGCUGUUCGUUUAACUACAGACCAGAAGAUCAGUCAUACAUACCAUUCUCUGCGAACAACUUUGGCGUUAACGGUGGCUUGGUCAUAGUUGGGUUGGAUAGAAUAAUGGGCAAUCAAUCGACAGGGCUACUUAUGAAAGUUCACCAUCCCUUAGAUUACGUAGUGGAAGCCCAUACCUUAAUUACUUUGAAUCCAUAUCAUGAGACUUUUGUCGUUGUCUACCCGGUGGAGCUGAGUUCAUCAAAAGAGGUUCUGGAAUUGAGUGCAACAAAGAGGAACUGUCGAAUUUCUAGUGAUUACAAAAGAUCCAAAAGAUAUUAUCGCCAAGCCGGUUGCAUAUUGAAUUGUCACCAUCAACUUGUAUAUCGAACUUGUGGAUGUCAUCCAUUUCAUUACCCAGCUAUUUAUAGAAGAAAGGGAAUACGGAACUGCUCAGCUAAAGAUAUUUCAUGCUUCAUUCGGAACUUUGAUUACUUCAAAAGCGUCAAGUGCAAGGAAUGUUUACCUAAUUGUUACGAUGUCACGUAUUCAACAUCAACAGAUUAUACGGAUCUAAUGCAGCACAAUAUUUCUGCUAGUGUAAUUUACUCUGCACAUAAUCUCAGCCAACACAGCUUCAUUGUGCGUGUUUAUCUGGCAAAUCAAGUGGUUACAUCUCACAAGAAAAUCAUAAUUAUGUCAGUUGUAAGCCUUCUAGCUGACCUGGGUGGAGUGUUCAACUUAUGUUUAGGCAUAAGUGUCAUUUCAAUUGUUGAAUUUUUUUACUUUUUCACGUAUCGACUUUAUGUCAAUUAUAGAUCUCAGACAGCUAUAAUAUAUGUCAAAGAAAAAAAGCAAUAUUUGUAAAAAAAAAAUCAAAUUGAAUAUUUUAGAUUAGAAAUAUUAUUUUAUGCUUUUGUGUGCGUGUUUAUAAUAUUUUGAUUACGCCAUGGUUGUAAUUAAGGAAUGCUUUCCCAGCCGAGUUGAUUUCAUAGCGGAUUACUUAGCGAAACGCAGACAGCAACUGGAAAUAUUACAACAACGAAAAUUUAAAAUUUCGUUUGUACCACGAGGAGAGGAUAAAAUUAUACCUGUUGAGCUCAAUGUCGACAUCCAUGAAACCGAGAAAUUAACCGAAGGGAUAGAAGAUUCUAGCAUACAAACUCCAGUUAUUAUUCCAGUGCAAGAAGAGCCGAAGUAUGUCAAAAAUUUCAACGCGUUCAUUGAACAAACUCAUCAGCACCUCAACCAAGUUUUGGCAAACAAUCAAAGAAUCGACGAUGUUCAUGGAAUUGUAACCGAAAUACAGAAACCUGCUCCUGCUGGGACACUCCUUACAGCAGAAAGUGCACCAGAUUUGAUCCACAGCAAAUUGAUUUCUGAAGAAUCUUUUCAUAAUCAAAAUGGUCGAGUUACAAGCGAUCUCACUCCCGGAAGAUCAGAUACUUCUACUGUACUUGAAGAAUCGGUGGACACUCGAAAAUCCAUGAUCAAAACGCCUAAACAAUCGUCUACCAGAGCCGCCACAAGCCGAUCUACAAUGCAAACGCAUCGAAGCAUAGGCAAAAUAGAGCCGCUUAAGUUAAAAUCGAUUUCAGAAAGGAACUUAACAGCAAGAUCGGCAAUUCAGCAAAGUAAGUUUGUACCUACUCGGAAAAUCACUACUCAGAUCUCUAGCACUUCGAGGACGGGUAGAACAGAAAAAGGAGAAAGAAAACCAUUUAUGAAAAAUAAUCCGACAUCAGUUAAAUCUAUAUCGUCACGUACAUUGGCACCGCCCACUCUGUCUUCACGAAAUCUUCCCUCCUGCAGCAUCUCUAAACGUGAAAGCGGCAUGGAUACAGCAAGGACCGAUCGAUCGAAUUGGAAAGACAAGAAAAUGACCAGUGUACCUAUAUCAGUUAUAAAUUUGCAACUAUGACGCCAUUCUAAUUUAUUUAUUACUUGUUGUUUGAUGUAUAUUCGUGAAUAGACUUUGAAUGGAGUAAAUGCACAACAGAACUUUGUUUUAGAAAAUUGAGGGUAUUUAACACAAAUGCAAUUCACGUUGACGUCUAGAUAUUUUUUUUGUUUCGUUAAGAUAUUAUGAAAAGAAACGAACAUUACCUUUUUACUAAGCAACCUUCAUUGAUCCGUAUAAAUACAACUAUGUUACCAAAGUGGUGCACCUCCAAAUCGCCCCCUUAGUUCAAAAAGGA